AUGGCCCUCAUGGUCUACGCAUGCCCAAUCGGAGCUGUGAUCCCACAUCGGUCUCAGCCACUGCGUACUAUGUGGGUACUUAGGGUAGUGUUCAUUUCGGGUGUGGGCCGCGGGUUUGCGGAAGGGUCCGGACGGACCGUGCCUUGCCGACGCACACUUGGUUCGAUGGAAGAUCGAGGAUUGGAUCCACAUGCGAACGCAAGCGAGCAGUCCAAACCGGUGGAGUUGCUUCACAGUCUUGACCUGCCGCAUAUCUUCAGUCGUCACACCCGAUCACUCUCGGGGAAUGAAGAUCUUGAUGCAGGCAGGUUCAAGAACGAUACGCAGACUAUUCCCAGACCAAACCAUUCCCCACAGGUAGCAAUUCAGGUGGUGGGUGGCCCGUUGAUCACUGUGGUGAUCUCAACCCAGCGAGGUUGGGAGCUGCAAAGCGGAGACUUGUCUUCACGGCAUGACCGUGACCACGUCGGUCAGCUGAGCUCCAUUGUAUAUGCGCCCUGA